CCUUUGGGCGACGAGUGACGGGCCAAAGCAGAGAAAAAGAAGAGGCUUCAGACUGUUCACUCAACAGCUAUUUUGAAAUUUGGUCCCCCCCCCCCCCCACCCAACUUUACGGGACUUUAUUUUUGUGAGUAAACAUUAAGAAGAAAUGGCGCCUUCUCGCCGCUCGACUGUAACCAAGGUUCGGGCUACAUCAAGGCGCAGUAAAGUUAGCGAAACGAAUAAGGAUCAGUCGCAAAAUGUCUCUUCGUCGUCAGAAGAAAAGCCUUUUUUGCUUCUUGAAGAUGUCACAUGCAAAAUCUGUUUAAAUUUGAUGGUGAAACCGGUCAGUUUGCCAUGUCGACAUGAUUUGUGUUAUUCUUGCUAUUCGAGCUGUGUUGAAAAGUCUAACCUGUCAUGUCCAAUGUGCCGAAAACGGAUAAGUGUAUGGUGCCGUCAAGCUACAAAAACUAACACCGUCAUUAAUGAAGUUCUGUGGCAACAAAUCCAAGCCCAAUUCCCUGAACUUGUUGCUUCACAAAAUGGUGAUGGCAAAGAUGAAAAAGACGUUGAGGAUUUUUUCCCUACCGUCCCAAUGCACCAAUUUGCAGAACCUGGUGAGCUUUUGAAAGAGUUUGAAAUUGAACAGGAGAGGAGAAGACGAGAAGAAGAAGAGCGAAGGAAAGAGGAAGAAAAAGCCUCAGCUGAUCUUAUAGCAGAGCUUGCAAAAGAGCAGGCAGAGCUUGCUAGGGCAGAAGCGGAAUUAGAGAGAAUCCGACAAGCAGAUGAGGCCUUAGCACUUGAACUUGCUGAAAAAGAGGACAACAUCCGCAAGUUACGUGGUUCGAGAAUUGUGCAAACACCCAUAUCCUCAAGAAAGAGACCAAGGAAAAUGAGUUCUGACUCGAAAACAACUCCAGCAGCCAAAAAAAUCAACAAGUUUUUCCCUAGUCGCUCGAAUGAAAAUGACGAGCCUUCACGAUCCCCGUCUGCCUUCGCACCUGUGACUGAACAUUUCCAGAAGAGAGAUAUUUCGAUGAGUGAACCGCGCAGCUCAUCUUGCACGAGCUUAGAGAGCAUAGAUCAAGAAGUAAGCAAGAGGCUACAUUUCCGCCCGAUAAAUGCUGCGCCACUGACUCCACCCAAAAAUUCACCUGGCAAUAGCGAAAUUGUCAAGCCACAGGUGGUUAGUGCAGCCAAGAACUUGAACCAACUUUAUGGGCUCGAUGAAGAAAAUUUGACCGAAGAUCUUAAACAGAAUAACAAUUCUGAAGAACCAAUCAAAGGUGCUGGGAUUUUGGCCGAAGAACUCCGGGAAAUGGAACGUGAAUGGCUUCGGAAAAAAAUAGAACAAGAAGAAGCGGACAAAGAGCUAGCACGAAAGCUGCAAGAAGAAUUGGACCAAGAAGCGAAGUCCACCCGCUCGUUAGUCAAUCGCAGUAAAGGCAGCAAAGAUGAGUAUCAACUGCGCACGAAAAUUGUUAAAAAUCAGCCAACGAUUGAGGCUUCUUUCCAACGACCAUCUAUUCGCAAGUCGAAUCCACCUCCUUGAUGGCCAAAUGAUUUUUUUUUCUCAAAUUGAGCACGAAGUUCUUCUGCAUCAAGUAACGUACAAAGAUAAAAUCAAUGAAAAAUUCUGGUUCAACAUUGUGAUUUCAAUACAUAGACACUUGUCUAUUUGUUUUGUUUUUUUCAUGUUCUUAAACUUGGACAUGCAUUGAAACUUGAAUUGUUUAACUUUUUUUCUUAGUGUCCUGUUUCUAUGUAAAUCGCACACUCUUGCGUGCAUUUAAAGGAAAAAUUGAAUGUAGAUGGUGAAUACAGUUUGAUGAAAAGCCUCUAAGGGCUGAUACUUACAGCGAAAA